CAUUAUCCAGCUCUGGUGUGCGGUUGGUGCCUUUUAUCUUGAUGUUCCUAAGGCCGGGUAGCCUUAUGUUCAGCCUACUUGCGCCUUCUUGACAGAACGGUUGUAAGGAGCACUUCCUAGCGCGUAACUGCUACGACCUAUUGUGUUUCGCAAUAUUAUACUCUUUAUGUACUUUGCGCUACUCAGUACUCCACUUUAGAGUGUUGAUACGUUUCAUGAGCCUUUAUUGUUGUCCUCAUUUUCUCUCUCUUUUACCCUUCAUUUCAGCCACAUGGGUUACCUUGUGGGCCUGGAUCUCAAACUAGACAGCUCAAGCCGGUCAGUACAACGAGCCAAUUUCGCUGUCGGAUACGACGUUCAGGACUUUGCCUUCCACGGUCUAAUAUCCAAUUGGGGCAAAUGUUUUUCAGCUAGUCUCUUUCAGCGACUUUCUGAUCGUCUUGAAUUGGCUGGUUCGAUCAGCUGGAGUCGAGACCUGGAUCAUAUUGCCUGGUCCGUGGGCUCAAAGUAUAUCCUGGACGAUGACCACAAACACUUCUUCAAGGCAAAGUUGGACCACCUUACUCGCGUCAGCCUUUCACUGACAACUUAUCUGACUAGGGGGUUGCAGUUUACUCUUUGCGGACUUUUCAACGGACCAGACAUGCCACAACUCGGAAUCGGUUUCGAGUUGGAGUGCUAAUGUCCCUCUUUGCUGUUGGUCCACGUUUCUACGGUACCCCGGUUUUGGCACGGCUCAUCAGCGUACGAUGAUCAUUCAUGCAUCGUUGCAUUGAUGAUUAUCCUUCUGAAUCGAGGUUAUUUUUUAUUCAUAAGAAUGCUCACGUGACCAUAGUUUUUAACACUUGAGAUUACAACGCUUCACUUUUUACCACCUAUGCAGUUCGGUUCAACGACAGCCACCUGUUGUAUAGAGGUCUGAUAUUUUCACUCUCAUUAGUUGCAAUAUAACUUAGCCACGCUUUGAAA